CAAAUAAAACACAAAUAUUGCGCUUAGCAUGAACGUGGAGAACCUUUACACAUCCGUAGCCUGCAAUCGAACCACAGAAUGCGCUGAUUGGGGUCCGAAUGGGUUAAUUGCAUUUGGCGCCUGCAAUGCGAUUGCAGUUUUAGAUCCUAAUUAUAAUGGAAAUUCUGCCAAGAUUCUGCAUACUUACGUGCAACACACAAAGCGCAUCAAUACUGUGAAGUGGCUCGAUGGGAAUCACUUGUUUAGCGGAGGUGAUGAUGGGAAAGCCUUUUUGUGGGAAUUGGAAACGCCGACGACAGCUACGCCACAGUUUACAGCUCUUAAUGGUCAUACUGGUGGUGUCAAUGCCGUGGACGGCGUGCAGCACAUAAAGGGGACGUGGCUGUUAGCAACUGCAGCAGCGGAUAGCAGCUUAAAAUUGUGGCUGUAUGAGAAAAAUAGCCGCGCAAUCAGCUGCUUUCAAACCAUCCAAUUAAAUGGGGGAUUCUGUUUCUCUUUGCGACUCACAUUGCUCCCCAAAAGUUGUGAUGUACUGCUAGCCUCGAGCGGCGAUGAUGAGACUAUAUCGCUAUGGACCCCAAAUUGCCGAGCUGUGGAAGAAGACUCUACAGCGAAGCAGUUUACCCGCGUUCAUAAGUUGACCGGACAUGAGGACUGGGUGCGUGGAUUAGAUUUUGUUCGUGAUGGUGAGGAUUUGCUGCUGGCCAGCGGUUCCCAAGACAAUUUUAUACGUUUGUGGCGCAUAGCGCCACGCAGUAAAGAGCAAACACUAGAGAAUCGUGUAAACAUGUUCAAUUUGUGCGAUCCUGAGAGUGGCGAGAUACGAGUCGAGGAAAAGAUUCUGCAGCUGGGUGCACAGGCCUGGUAUGCCAUUAGCUUGGAAUCGGUGCUAUAUGGCCACGAGGGCUGGGUUUAUGGUGUGCAGUGGCAUAAAUCGGAACAACAGGAGCUGCGACUGCUGUCGGGAUCCAUUGACAAGACGUUAAUCGUGUGGGCGCCAACAGAGCAUGGUGUUUGGCUGGAGCAAGUUCGCGUGGGUGAGGUGGGAGGCAAUUCCAUGGGCUUUUUUGGUUGCAAGUUCUCAAGCGACGGCCAUUCCAUUAUGGCCCAUAGUUAUCAGGGUGGUUUUCAUAUAUGGAAUCAAAAUCGGGAGCAGCCACAGCUCUGGACCUCUAACGUCAUUGUAGGUGGACAUUAUGGUGAAGUUCGUGACUUGGACUGGGAGCAUGAAGGUUCCUAUCUAAUGUCGGUUUCGGCGGACCAAACAACACGUUUGCAUGCGCCCUGGCUGCAAUCUGGCAAGUCGUCUACUUGGCAUGAAUUGGCUCGCCCGCAGGUGCAUGGAUAUGAUAUGCAAGCUCUGGCUAUACUUUCACGUUAUAGAUUUGCCAGCGGGGCCGAGGAGAAAAUUGUACGCACUUUUCAAGCCACAGCUAAUUUUAUUGAGAACUUUCGACACAUUUCACAACCGCCGGGGGAUGCGGCAAACGAUGCUGUCUUGGACUCUCUUCCCAAAGGAGCCUCCGUCCCUUCGCUGGGUUUGUCCAAUAAAGCUGUUUAUAAAUUAGAAGCAGACAGCAGCAGUGCAAAGAAUACUAAAGACGAAUAUCCAGAUAAUUAUUUUGUGCCUGUCACGCUGGAAACCCCUCCGCAAGAAGAAACUCUAAUGCAAAAUACUCUCUGGCCCGAGCUGCAAAAACUCUAUGGACAUGGCUAUGAAAUAUACGCCUUGGCAGCCACACAUGAUGGCCAAGUGUUGGCUUCCACCUGUCGCGCCACAAAUGCUGAACAUGCUCAGAUUAUACUGUGGAACACACAGAACUGGAAGCAAUUGCAAAAACUUGGUUGUCAUCAAUUAACAGUCACGCAGCUGUCUUUUUCACCCGAUGCACGCUAUCUGCUUUCGGUGUCUCGGGAUCGUCGAUGGUCAAUAUUUCGACGUCAGCAAGCGGAUCCACUUAGUGGAUAUGUCCUUAUGGCUAGCACAGACAAAAGUAAUGGAAUACACACACGUAUUAUUUGGUCUUGCGAUUGGUCACAUGACAGUAAAUACUUUGCUACCUCCUCUCGAGAUGGAAAAGUUGUGGUCUGGACACACAAUGAGCUGGCAGAAAGCGAAGAAAGCUCUCUGAAAGGCUGGACGGCGGCGCAUACACUGGAACUGAAGAAUGAAUCUAUAACAGCGGUAGCGUUCGCACGCACAUUAGUUCAUGAUGCUUACAUACUAGCCUUAGGCAUGGAAAGUGGGCAUAUAAAAAUAUAUUGCUUUGACAAUGAUUCCUUGCAAUUGCGCUGUGACUUAAGCAAAGACCAAGCUCAUCAUUUGACCGUAAGGCGUCUGCGAUUUCGACCAACCUCUUCCUUUGAUGGAGCUGGACAGCGUUUACAGCUGGCAAGUUGCGGCGAGGAUCACUUAGUUCGCAUAUACGACAUUGCUUUAACAUAAAAAUUACUAUUCUGUUCCAAUUUCCAAUUAUUCUUUUACUAAAAUAUCAAUCCAUCAAUUUCAAUUUUAAAAUACGACAAUCUAGAUCGAUUUGUUUCCACUCGCUUAUUCAGAAUAUACUUUAUAUAUACUGUUUUGUACAUUCUUUGCAGGAAUUAGUUAUACCCUUUUGUUUAUGGCGCAGUCACUCGUACCGUUGAUAGAGAGUUGAAGCUUGGACAUAUGAUUCCUAGCCUGUACAAUAUACAUAAUUGCACAUUAAUUCAUCUAUUAUUAAAUUAAAAUAUCAGUUUUUGGCACAAUA